AUGUUGCUGUUUAAAGUUAAUAUUAUUUUGGCUAUGGUGGGUUUGAGUUUAUGUGGGACGUGGUCAGGUUUUGCACCAGCUAUACCUAAAGAAUUCGAGGGUAAAGAAGGCUGUUACGUUAAAGAGAUUAACAAUGUAGUACCAUAUGGAUCGGUAGUAAAUCCUAUUGGAUAUUGCUACAGAAUCGUUUGUGGUCCAAUGAUGAAUUACGCUGGAUGUGGUGCGGUUUUAACUAAUAAUGGUAAAUGUCACAAAACAAAGGUGGAUUUGAGCAAGCCCUAUCCAGAUUGUUGUCCAACUAUUAAAUGUGACGGCAAUAAUCAUGUUUGA